GCAGAAACAAACCAACCCCACAUGAAGGAAGACCAACUUAUUGAAGAAAAUGAAGGGGAAAUUGAGGAUGCAGGAGGUCCACAGACAGCGGAAAUCCAGGCAUCUGCUGCUGGCCCUCUCGGGCAGAAAGAUGGACAGGAAGGUUCAGAGAUCCUACAAGAGGAGAGAAAACAAGUGGAUAUAGUCAAAAUAGUUAGAGAUGAUGGGGUGAAGGAAGUAAAUCUGCUGUCUGGCAAUGAAGAAGCUUCCCAAGAAAUUUCGGGAUCUAAAAGUGAAUUGAGUAGCUUUGUAGAACAAGAGAUAAAAGAUACCCUGCAAGUGAUUAUUACAAAGAUUUCCAGUGAAGAAACAAGUGAAAUGGAGAGACAGAGCACAUCUGCUUUACCCAGUACUGAGAGCUUUACAGAAGGAGAAAAGGAAGGAUCACUGCCUGUAAUUGGUGAAGAUUUAUCUCCUGAGAGUACUCCUGAAGAGGGGACAUUUACAAGUAGUCCACCAACCAUUGAAACUGUGACACCAGAGACAGCAGCGACACCUGUGACAGAAGUGAUAGAUGACCAAAAUGAAGAAGAUGAGCAAGAUAAACAGAAAGGGGGUCAUCGUAAGGAAAUGGAGUUAAAAUAUAAAGACUUGAUUGCAGAACAGGAGAAGUUGAAGAACGACAAUCAACAAAUACAAAACAAGCUAGCUGAUUACUAUAAGAAGAAAGCAGAGGAAUCAAAGAUUGAGUUAAAGAAACCCCAAGCUGAUUAUGAUCAACGAUACCUGAAGUUCAUGGACCUUCUGGCUAAGGUGCAGGUUACUUAUAAGGAAGAGCUUGCAUUAUUCGAGGAACAGAUUGGUGAUCUCAAUGCUAAAUGCGAGGAGCAACAGCAGUUGACAGAUUAUGCAUGGAAGAUGUUUCAGUCCAAGAAGAAAGUUGUAGCAAAGACUGCAAUAAACAAACGACCAGGAAGACAAGCAGCACUCCAGGAGUUAGAACACAUUCAAAAUGUUGAGGAGCAGAAAGAGAAGGAGAUGAGGCAGACUCGAUUCCUGACGAUCAAGAUGAAGAAUAAGCUGAAGUAUUAUGAGCAUCAGCUGAAGGCGAGGGAGGAACUGGCAGAUGGGCUAAAUCUGAUCGACUAUGAGCAGCUGAAAAUCGAGAACCAGUCUUACAGUGAAAAGAUUGAGGAACGCAUGGAGGAAGUCACCAAAAUGAAGAAGAAAAUAGCAGCUACCAUUGAGGUGCUGACUCACAUCAGGGAAAAGCUGGAGUAUGUGGAGAAAGAGAACGCGGAGAAGAAAACUCAACUCCGGGAGGUUGAGGCCGCUGUGGCACAGAAGAGGGAGAUCCUGACCAAAACGAAACAGGCACGGGACAGAGUCCGGACCGCCAACCUGGAGUUGAAGGAGAAGUGUGGGCUGCUGUGCAACAAGUUGUUGCUCCGUGACCUUGAAGACAAUGUGGACGCCAACGAGAGACUGCAGCACAAGCUGGAGGAACUAAAGAGGCGCCACACUGAUCUCACGCUCAACUCCUAUGGAAUCAAGAAGAAAAUUGAGUGGGUGAAGCUGGGACAGUUACAGGCUCAAUGAGAGCCCCUCAGGGGCUGGAGAGGGAAGAGUUUCCACUCUAUUCUAUUACGAUAAAUGUUAAAUCAGGCGGCAUCUGACUUCAUUCUUAAUUCUUAGUUGUGAGGAGAAGACAUAAAAGGGAUGGUUCUACAUGUAUUGCAAGCCAUGAAGUACCAGAUCUACCAAGACUUGGAGCAACACGCA